GAGGGAGGGAGAGGAGGGGUGCGGGGCUGAGCUAGGCUGAGCUGAGCCGCCGGGUUCCGUUCCCGGUCUCGUGUCCUGGGCCCUGCUGCCAUGACGCUUGCCAUCUUCUUCGGGUGCACCUUCAUCGCCUUUGGGCCGGUGUUCAGCCUCUUCCUCUUCACCAUCGCCCGCGACCCGCUCCGCAUCAUCAUCCUUAUUGCUGGGUCAGUCCCGCACCGGUACCGGUGCGGGAGGGGCACUGGUGCCACCGUGGAUACUGGUGUGGGCGUGGAGGGGACACUGGUAUUGGUAUCGGUACAGGGCUUUCUUCUGGCUAGUGUCACUGCUGCUCUCCUCCCUCAUCUGGUUUAUCACCGUUAAAGCCAGCGACCCCCGGGAUGAGCCGUUGCAGAAGGGGCUCUUGAUAUUUGGGGUGAUGUUCUCUGUGCUGCUGCAGGAGGUUUUCCGCUUCCUCUACUACAAGCUCCUCAGGAAGGCCAUUGAAGGGCUGGUGGCCCUCAGCGAGGAUGGCUGCUCCCCCAUUUCCAUCCAGCAAAUGGCAUACGCAGUGGCUGGCGUGGGCUUUGGGCUCAUGAGCGGCACCUUCUCCAUGAUCAAUCUCCUGGCAGACGCAUUAGGGCCCGGCACCACGGGCAUCCACGGGGACUCACAGCUCUACUUCCUGACCUCAGACGUUUUGCAACCCCCUGUACAUGGGCAGCCUGGUGCCCUCCUACCUGCUGAUGGCCACCGCCGCCACUUGGGCUUACCUGCUCUCAGGGGGCUCUGCCCAGAACCUGCGGCGCUUCCUGCUCUGUCUGUGGAGUGGAGCCAGCCCUCAGCUGGAAUCCUGAGGCCCCAUGGGAUGUUCCUGUCCCCAGCUGCCCCUGCCCUCCCCUCCAUCCUGGUGGCAAGAGCAGCCAUCACCUUCUCUGCAAUAUCUUUUCUCCUGGACUGGUGGACCCUGGCCAGUUCUGGCAGGACAGGUGCUGGGGUCUGGCUGCAGCAGCCAGCUGACCGGUGUGGCUGGAGCUGGCUUGCUCUGCCACCCCUUUGGGAGCCCCCAGAGAACAGCUCGGUUUUGGGGAACUUGGCUUUGCUGGCCCUGCUGCGAGUGGAGCCCCAGUUAGCUUGCCUGGGAAGGAUGCUACCUUGGACUGCCGGAGGCCUGAGCCCAAAGAAACCCAUCACUUCUCCCUCUGCUGCAGAAGAUGUGCUGUCUCCUGUGCCAGGGCAGGGGGAAACCCAUGCCUCCUCCUUACUGCAGGGUGAAGGAAGUGGCUUUGCAAAGUGCUGCCAGGCUCUGGGCUGGGGCUGAUCACUAUGGUGCUACUUUCUCUGCCUCUUGGCCCAGCCUUGCUGCCCUGGGAGCCAUGCCCCCCCCCAUGCUGGACUGUGGUAACUGCAGUGAGCUGGCAUCCCAGCAUGGGAAGGGAUGGUGUGUCGGGAGCACCCAUGGGUACUGGGCGACUCAAGGGGGCUGACAGCAUCCAGGGCAGGAGGAGGACAGGAGAAGACAGUGCCAUAUGGAGGGUGGCAGAGGGCUUGGGAGGAGAUGCAACCCCGCAACCGGUACCAGCACAGCUUGAGGAGGGGGGUUCAGGGGGCCAUGCCAGUGGAUCAUUGCCCUCUCCUGCCCUCAGAGGGGGAUUUUCAGGCAGGCACCAGCCCUGAUGCUGCGCCACAGGGCUGGGAGGGAGAAACUGCCAUCAGGCUCAGGGCUGAGAAGUCCACAGUGGGCUUUUAUACCAAUAAAAAGAAGUACCAUAGGUGAGUGGGGGUGUGCGUGCCAGUGCUGGUGGCAGUGGCUCAUGCUGGCAUGACUAUGGGGGGUGUCUGGCAGUUGCAGACCCCAGUUGCCUGAAGGUCUUGCUCCUGCUCUGUCCAUCUCUGGUUUUACCACUUUGAGGUGGAGGCUGCUGAGAGCUAGAGACCUGCAGGUUCCUCCCCUCUCCCAGGUCCAGCCCAUUUCUCUUGGCUUCUGUGGAGCUGUGGAGCUCUCCAGGGCUUGGCUCUGGCUGUGCUGGAGCUGCCAGGAAAGGUGGGAGGCAGCCGUGGAUCAGGGAUUGCUCCAGCUAUGUCAGAGCUGGGUGGGGGCUAGCCAGCAAGGAAGCUGUGGCUCUGCCAACGUUCAGCUCUGGCUUUCUCCAGCCCUACCAAGCCAUGGCUAUGUUUUUCCAACACUGCACAAAUAGGAGGAAGUCCCAGAGAAACAGAGGGCAGGGCCAGGCUGUGCAAGGAGCCCUGCGCUGCUUGCUCUAGAGCUCUGCCCGGGGCACAGAGGCUGAUGCUGUCUCUGCUGGUUGGGAAGGGCUUUUUUUUUUAAAUAACAAAAAUAUCUGCUGAGGCCAGAUGCUGCCCCAGGCAGUCCAUGUGGGCAGCCUGUGUGGCCAAGGGAUGCUGGAGCACCUGCCCUCCCUCAGCCCGGGGCAGGAGUGAGGGGAGGUGGGGUGGGACAGGCUGAGCCAGCAGGGCUAGGACCUCCGCAGAGGCCCAGGGCUCACACGGUGUUGUUAGUGGUGGCUGCUGCGUAGAUGACCUUGGAUUUGGUCGGCAAGUCGAGCCUGGUGGGGGAGGAAGGGUGUGUGUGUGUUGUUAGAGCAGGCGGGGGGGGCCCUGCUAACCCAUGUUGCUGCCUGAGAGACCCCCCUUCCCAUGCCCCAGACUGACCCCUGCCACCCCCUGGGGCCCCUUCUGCAGCUCCCUGUCGCUCAUCAUGCAUUCUGACUGCAGUGCUUGUAGCUGUACAGCAGGAAGGCUAGUGCCGUGAUGGCAAAGAGCACCCUGAAGAACACGACCAGCACAUCCCCUGCAAGUGAGCCGAGCACAGGCAUGUUACGCUGGGGACAGUCCCUUGCAGCUACCGGACGAGGGAGAUGGGGCAAGGCUGGAGAAGGCUGGUGGCCCAAAGGCAGAGGGGACAUGAAGGCAGCAACCUCAGCUGAGCACGCUUACCUGUCUGAAAUGAAGAUCUGGAAUGUCCUGCAAGAGACAAAGACAAGAGGACGCUCGUGAGAGCCAGCUGUGCAGAUGCUAGGGCAGCUCUGCACCCCCACCAUGGCUGCCUGCCCCCCGGCUCAGCACACAGCUGCCAGGACCCCUCUUCCCAGGUAGGUACGCCCCCUGGCUGCCUUCCCCUCCUUCGGGCCAGCACCUCACCUACCUCCUGCUGCUGAGCCGUUGCUACCUGGAAGAGAGACAGGGCAGUCAAGAGGUUGCCCGAGAUGUUUGGGGAGGGAAGCCUGCAGGGCUUCAGGCCAUGCUGCCAAAGCAGGGCUGCCUGCAAGAUUCCCCAUCGCAAGCCUGGCCCCAACGCCCCGCCAAAAGCAUUAAGGGAAAGGAAGGAAAAAAAAUACUCCUUGAACCACAGCCCACACAAAAGCCUCACUGAAUCCAGCCAGAAACUCCCUCACCGCGGCUGCCACUGCCCGGGAAGUGGGCAGGCAGGGAGCAGGGCACCGCAGCACCCUAUGACUGCACCAAGCCCUGCAGGAAACCCUGUAGAGGGGCAUGGGGCGAGCCUAGCAGGCAGCAACCACAGGGACAGCUGCCUGCAGCAAGAUGGUGAGCAGCUCCCCAGUAGGAGGCAGCUGGCCACUGCCAGUCCCCAUUGCCCCAGCCUCAGUGGCUGGAGGCUUUGGGACAGCUUCCGCAAGAAAGUAGCGAAAGAAAGGCUUGGAGGUAAGUGGAAAAUAUGAUAAAGUAUCUAACAGGUUUACCAAAGAUAGAGCAUGCCAGCCUAACCUGAUAUCCUUCUUUGAUAAGUGAUAUUCUAGACAAAAGAAAAUGCGGUAGAUUUUAUCUCUCCCAACUUCAGUGAAGCAUUUGAUGUGGUGCCACAUGGGAAACUGUUAGCUAGGCUGAAGACCACAGUGAUUAAAAGCCUAUGGCCAUUAGCGAGCUGGCUGCAAGUGGGAAGUGCCCUGCACCAUGGCAUGUGGUUACUGAGGCAUUGCCUAAAGACCUGCGACCAAGCCUGUGUGCUGUUUCUAGUAGUCACUGUUUUGGGUUUGUGUGGUGGGGUUUUGGUAGUAGGGGAGGG